GUCACCCUAAAUAGCAAUUGAUUAUAAAUCUUGUCUCAGCAGACGACAUGUACUAGGCUGCAGCCGACCUGCACAUUUUUCGCGCCUUUUUCUCGGGAUAAACCCUUCCCAAAGCAAGACGUACGACAGACUGCCUGAACAACAGCAUGGAGAGGUUCCCGCCGUACAAGGUUCUUCAGCUGGAGAGUUCCUUCCACAAAUCACCCUAUCCCUCUCACACUGAAAUCCAAGGCUUGUCGGACACCUUGAAUGAAAAAACUCAGCGAAUCAAGACCUGGUUUCGCAACAGACGAACAAAGGCCAAGAGAAUCCUGGGACAAAUGUCGCAACAGACAGGAAAUCGAGUCCAUUUCCAGAUAAAGAAGGGGAAGUAUGUGUGGAAAGCCCGUCCAUCAUCUACGUCAUCCGUCACCAAUCCCAAUCUUUCGUCAUCGCGCGGGAAAAUCUCCGCCAAUAAAAUAUUACACGCUGUGUGUCAAAGUCCAUCCAGCCAAUCAGAAUCACCGCCACAUAACUCAUUCCAAAACCAAGCGAUCCGUUCCAAUAAAUCGACGCGUGAUGUCAACCACAUGCAGCGAGCGGGCAGUGGUAUUGAGGGCAAGGUUAGGCCACCACUGGUAGCCAUUGAACCACCGCAACCAUCUGCAGAAACAGGCGGCCGUCACGACGAAAUAGUAGACCCCGAAUACUGGGAGAUGAUGAAAGAAAUCGGUUUGCAGUAGAUGUGUGUAGUUGAGUCAAUAAAUUUUUUGUCAAAUCAA